AUGUAGGGUAGUACUGCUAAAAAUUUAAUAAAAAUGGUUAUUUAUAAUUGUAAAGUUUGUCUCAUUCAUAGGAAAAAGACACGAGAACAUUUAAUGGCUGCGCUUUCACCCGAAAGAACGGAGGUAUCCAGACCCUUUACAAAUACUGGCGUGGAUUUCACGGGCCCGUUUGACAUUGAAAACUACACAUGCCGAGCAUGUCUAAUAACAAAAGGAUACGUCUGCGUAUUUUUGUGUUUCGCUACAAAGACGAUUCAUCUGGAGGCGACAAGCGACUUAUCGACGUCAACAUUUCUGGCUGCUUUCGAGAGGAAAUUCAUGACUGAAGCGUCUCAGCUCACCACGCGGUCAUAUGCGCAUGAGGAAAUCAACUGGCACUUCAUAUCUCCAACGGCUCUUCACACGGGAGGAUUAUGGGGGGAAGGAGUGAAGAGCUUCAAAACGCACUUUCGAAAAGUAGCAAGGGCCAUGCGCUUUACCAUGGAGGAAUUUUCGAUGUUACUGUCCAAAAUCGAAGCCUGCUUAAACUCCACUCUCCAAUAAUCCUGAGUCAAUUGAACUUUUAACCCCGGGUUAUUUUCUAGUUGGAAGCCCGCUGCUUGCGAUCGCUGAACCCGAAACCAGCGGAAACCUGUUGACAACCGAUGGCAGAAAUUGAAAGCACUUCACCAAGGAUUCUGUCAGCGAUAGAAGGUGGAGAUUCUAAAGGAACUGCGCAAGGGAGUAAAGUGGCAGUUUCCUCACCGAAACCUAGAGGUUGACGAUUUCGUCGGUGAUGAGAGACGCCCGCGAGCGGAUCAAAGGACCUGCUCGAAGUGCCUUGGGUAUGUCUGUCCUCUCGCGAACUGUGAUGGUGAGAGUGGUGGCAAGUUGCCGAGGACACCUGGUCCGUGCCCUGAUCGACCCAGGACAAUCGAGGUCGUCGAUAUUAAGAACACUGGCGAGAUGACUGCACCUGCUGCCACGCGAAUAUGCAGAAAGCAUAGACCUAACAUUGAAAGGUUGGCGGGAUCGGAUUAGUCUGACCGCCAAGGUAGUGACAAGUCUCAUGAAGACCACGCCGGUACGCACAUUGGACGGAAGGGUCGUCGACGAGUUCGACAAUUUGCGGUUGACAGACCCAACAUUUUACAGGUCCAGUGCGAUGCCACUGAUUCUCGGUGCCGAUGUAUAAGAUAUGAUAUUGCAGGACUUAUGCCAGCAACCCCGACGCGACCGGCUGCCCAAAACAUUAUAUUUGGAUGGGUGAUCUCUGGCUGUUCACCAUA